UGAAAACAUCAACAAUAGCAAGAACAUUAACAACAACAAUAACAUCAACAACAGCGGCAUCAUGGAUAGUGACAAAAUUGAGCACGACAGUAAGAAUGAGCGCGACAACAACAACAACAACAAUGAUAACAACGGCAACAACAACAACAACAACAACAACAACAACAACAACAACAACAACAACGACGACGUCGACGGCGGCAGCAACGACUGCGGAAGCAGUGGGGCAGACAGCGGUGUUCGUGCACCUGUGAUCAUCAUCGACAUGAUGGGGGAGAUGCCACAUGCGGACGUGGUGGAGAUUGGGGUUGACACGGAAAAGUGGUUUGCUAUCUCCCCUCCCCUCAAUGAUAGUGACGGUGAUAACAACAACAACAACAACAACGACGACGACGACGACGACGACGAAGGUGGCGGCGAUGACCAUGGAAGCAGCGGGGUAGAAAGUGGUAUCCGGGCAUCUGAGAUUAUCAUCAGCGUGAUGGGAGUGGACGUGGUGGGAUUUGGGGUUGACAUGGAGAAGGGGCUUACUGUCUUGUCCCCCUUCUACCUCGAUACGGAAUUGCUUCCCGUUGUUUGGCAGAGGAUAGGAAUAGGAUAGUCGGUGGUGAUUCAAUCACCACGGACUAUCCUAUUCCUAUCCUCUGCCAAACAACGGACAAGAUUUGGUUUGCCCGGCCCGCAAUAUCAAUCAUCAAUCGGGUGCUGAUCGCCCCGUGGGUUGGAUGAGGGCUGUUUAGGGAAGUGUUAGCGGGAGGUCAAUCCUUCCCUUGCUCAGGGAAGUAAUCAAUGCCCCCUGACAGU